AUGAAUAUAUAUGUGAAGAAGGUUAAAUUUGAUGCAGAUGGGGAGGCAAAGGUGUUGAAAGAGAGGAUCGAGUCAAUAGAUGCGGAGAACAAUCGGGCGACGUACAGGGUGUUGGAGGGUGAUCUAAUGAAUGAGUACAAGAGUUUUGUGAUCACGUUCCAGGUGACCCCUAAGGAAGAAGAACCUGGAAGUGUUGCACAUUGGCACUUUGAGUACGAGAAAAUCAACGAGGAUGUGGCUCACCCUGAGACUCUCCUCCAGUUCGCUGUGGAGGUCUCCAAAGAGAUCGAUGAACAUCUCUUGUCCGAGGAAUAG